UCUAUAGUGAGUGUUUCAUGCUGUCUGUGCAAUGAAGUUAUAAACCAAUUCCUGUGAGCACCCCGGCUCAGAAGAGGUUAAAGAUCCUUUGCAAGGAGGUGUUAAUAAUUCUAUUAUUGACAGUGAUUUCUCACCAUAUUCUGCUGGUUUCAAAAGGGCUCCUAGACUUGGAGAAGGGGGGGGGAUGGAAGGAGGAAACAAUCUCUCUCCUAUACUAUGUGCAGGAACAUUCGCAGCAUGGGAAAUUGGGAGAAAGCUGCUUAUCCUUCCAAAUGAACUUUCCUGAUUCAUUCUGCAUCUGGAGCUGACAGCUUCUUAAUAUAUUUGUAACAUGUAUGUAGAGAAAAAAGGGUGACAGGGCAGUCAGAUAAUAACAUGAAGGUUACCUUGAGCUGAAGAUUAAAAAAUAAAUAAAAGGAAGCCUACGCGUCUUCCAGCCAGGCACGAUGUAGUGAAGUGUCUCUGCAAAUGAGUGGAGAUUUCUUGCGCUGAGACCGAAAUGAAUGGAGAUGCAUUGAACAAAGGGGUCCAGUUAGUAUUCCGUACCUGGAGACGCAUCCAGGGACCUUUCAUUCUUUCGCUGAAAAAGAGACGGUGCCAUUUCCAUGACAGAAAUGCCUGCAAGAACCAGUGCUGAGGAGCUGAAAGCUGAGAGAGCCAGGGAGGGGAGCUGUGUCAGCUGAUCAGCUUUCAAAUCACCUUCAAACAUUCAACUUUCUUAACAUGAUCCCGCCAUCCUUGGAGUCUCCAGGGUAUCCUGUAGGAACGUUAACAGGAGCAGAAUGAAAUGGAGCCAACUGGGACUGACUGCGUUUUGCUGUGAGAAAUACCUCGUUUUCUUAGCCUGAAAGGGGAACUGAAACAUAUACUCUCCAGCACCUACCCCUGCCCCUUUGGACUAGAUAGAGUUCUAAAAUAUUUUUGUAUGAGUUCAGCAUGCAGUUCUGAUCUGGUUUUGUGACUACCUAUUGAUCCCAAAACAAUACCAAGGGGAAUACUUCAGCAAUUGAACCAGUAGAGCAGGAUGGCUGACAAAAGGCCAUUGUCCUCUCUUUCCCACUUAGCUUAUAUCAGCCGGUUUUGACCCCAGUCUUGUGCACUUGAAGCUAGAGUUGCAAGACGAUUGUUGCUGUCUUUCCUCUGCAACUUCCCCUAAUACAAGGCGAGUAAUGAAGGCGCUAUGGCGAAGUUAUUGGUAAAGUUCCAGCGUUAUUUUCGGCGGAAACCUGUGCGCUUCUUCACCCUGAUCGCACUGUACCUGACGGCCGGCAGCUUGGUGUUUCUGCAUGCUGGGUUUGCUGGGGAGCCCACCAUCUCAGAGAAUGAACCCAACCCCUUGGAAGGCACCAGUGAAGGAACAGAGUUUCAGUACCUAGGAGUGGUUCAGCUUGGAAGGGGUUUCAAGGAGACUCCAGAGACCCGGAAUUCUGUCCGGAGGUUUGGGCCUUGGUUCAAGAGUGUUUCCAAGGAUAUGCCUGAGAGGAACAAAAUGGGGGCCCGGAGCAGAGCUCUCAAAGGGAGGAAGGUCCGCGAGAAAGAGGAGGACCGAGCAAAAUACAUUGGCUGCUAUGUGGACAACACUCGCCGACGGGCGCUGCGUGGCGUGUCCUUCUUUGACUACAAAAAGAUGACAGUGUUCCGUUGCCAGGACAACUGUGCCGAACGGGGCUAUUUGUAUGCCGGGUUGGAGUUCGGUGCAGAAUGUUACUGUGGACACAAAAUCCAGGCCUUAAAUGUGAGUGAGUCCGAAUGUAACAUGGAGUGCAAGGGAGAGAAGAGCAACAUCUGUGGAGGUGUGAACCGUCUCUCCAUUUACCGGUUGGAGCUGGCCCAGGAGUCUGCAAGGAGAUAUGGCAGUGCGAUAUUCCGUGGAUGCUUCCAUCGGCCGGACAACGUCUCGGUAGCUUUGCCUGUGAGUGGGGUAAUGCUGAACAUGUCUGUGGACAAGUGUGUGGACUUCUGCACUGAAAAGGAAUACCCACUGGCAGCCCUGGGGGGAGUCCCCUGCCACUGCGGCUUCCCCACCAGUCUCUUCCCCCUGCACGAGCGUGAGGAUGAGCAGCUGUGUGCCCAGAAGUGCGGCGGUGAGGAGUUCGAGAGCUGCGGGACUGCCGAGUACUUCAUCGUGUACCAGACGCAAGUGCAAGACAAUCGUUGUAUGGAUAGACGGUUUUUACCAACCCGGUCGAAACAAAUUAUCGCUUUGGCAAGCUUUCCUGGGGCGGGCAACACUUGGGCACGUCAUCUCAUCGAGCUAGCAACAGGUUUCUACACUGGGAGCUAUUACUUUGAUGGCUCUCUCUACAACAAAGGGUUCAAAGGUGAAAGGGAUCACUGGAGAAGUGGAAGGACAAUCUGCAUCAAAACCCAUGAAAGUGGCCAGAAAGAAAUUGAGGCUUUCGAUUCAGCCAUAUUACUCAUCCGGAACCCAUACAAAGCCUUGAUGGCUGAAUUCAAUCGGAAGUAUGGUGGUCACAUUGGAUUUGCUUCUCACGCACACUGGAAAGGCAAAGAGUGGCCAGAAUUCAUCAAGAAUUACGCCCCCUGGUGGGCCACUCACACCUUGGAUUGGUUGAAAUACGGCAAAAAUGUCCUGGUGGUGCACUUUGAGGACCUGAAGCGAGAUCUCUUUGUCCAGCUGAAGAGGAUGGUGAGCCUCCUGGGCACCACGGUCUUUGAGGACAGACUCUUGUGUGUCGAGGGCCAAAAAGAUGGAAACUUUAAGCGCUCUGGGCUGAGGAAGCUGGAAUAUGACCCCUACACACCUGAGAUGAGAAAAAUGAUUAGCACCUAUAUUAAAACUGUGGAUAUGGCGCUAAAACUCAGAAACCUCACAGGAGUCCCAGAUGACUAUUAUCCGAGAUGAUGAAGAUAAGGCUUGGGGGAACUGACUCUACCCAGAACAGAAAGGCUUGGUUUUUCCCAGCCCAUAUCUAGUUCCACCCAGUGGGUGGCUUUCUUUCAAUUAUCCAUCUGCUGCUAUUAGCUGUUAAUGAAUUCCCUGCAUGAGAAAAAAGAAUGGUCACCAGUCAUCGCUGAGAAGAUGUCGUGGCAAACACAUCGCCGAGUCUAAAUUCUUCGGGGAUCGUGCCGUUGUGAAUUUGCAUUUGCGACAUGAAGACCUUCCCUGCUGGUGUCUUUACCGCUUUCUCUCUCCUGUAGUGUGGGGUGCGUGUUUUGUUCCCUUGUCAGACUUUACAAAGUGGUGAACCCUGCUCAGAAACGGUGGGAAGGAGCUGCACCCUCCGCUUUCCAGUUAGAAUGGGGCUGAACACACACAUGGCAUUUAAAAUGUGAUCUGAUGUUAUUUGAGCUGUUUCAUUCAUUCCUAAUAACUUAACUCUUUAUUUAUAACCUUCUUUGGAGUUUGGGAGGCAGGCUAGUGCUGGAGAUCAACAGUAAAACUCACUAUGCAUUUCCAAGGCCUAAUUCAGCUUGUAGGCCAUGAUCCAGCAAGCUGUUUUACCAUGUGUUUUGCUGAGAGCACGACUUCUUAGCCUGGAGAUUGCAAACCCUCAGUAUCAGGAGUCACAACCACCUUGAAGGCUCAGCUGGGGAAGGCAAGCUGAAGCCCCACCCCUUCUGCCCGAAGCCACAUCCCUUCCCCCAAGACCAUGACCCUUCAACAACCCCACCGCACCACGGCCUCAACUCUCUUUGGCAGCCGGGGCACUGGUUGCUGGCCCAGCCCCUCCAGGGCAGCUGGGCACUGUAGGCAAUUUUGGGAAGACAAUGCCUUCCGUUGUCUACGUUACCCGCCACCCAUGAUCCUGCCUGAGUACGGAAGAGGUUAAGAACUUCUGACUUUAAGCACCUACUGGUCUGUAAACACAGGAGCAGCCCCAGGAGGAUGACUCUACUACUCCCAUGCCUAAAGUUAAGCAUGUGCCUAAGCACUUUGCUGGAUCAGGGCCAUGGUUACGUCAGAUUAAAUCUGAGGAACCACGCUGGACUCAAUGGAGUUACACUGGUUUAAACAUGAGCAAAUGUGCCCCAUCCUCCACCUACAUUCUCCUCCCCACCUCUUCCUGCCCAGCGCCUUGCCCGUCUCUCUCAUCACUGGCUUUGGCAGCAGCUGUGGCAGGCCUGAGCACGCUCCUGUGCUGGCUGUUGACAUUCUAGUCACAGCAUCCCAGACACUGCCAUUAUCUUUAGUCACAUAUUUGCUGCUUCAUCGGUGCAAGGUCACCCUUCCACGUGCGCUCUUCGCAGAUGUCAGCUCUGUCACGGGGCAUCCCUCAGGGGCUCGUAGCUGACCCAAACUCUGGUGCUGACAGUCACCCCCGGGUGGAGGGAGCAGUUGUAGGGGCUGUGUAGCCCUGAAGCUGUCAGGCAGAGGAGACCCCCUGGUCCCCUGCCUCAUGCUCAUUUGAGUUCCGUUUCCUCUGAAAACGGGAUCAGAGAGCCUGGGAGUAAAAAUGAGGCUCAAGAGGGAGAGGUGGAGGGCUAGGUCUCCCUCCAUGCUCUCCAAAGCUCAUAAGCCAUAAAGCGGGGAUGGCGUCAAGAGGCUAGUGGGCUUGGGGCUUGGCAUCAAGUGCUAGUGCAGAGAUGGGCAGCCUAGGCUAGUGAGUGGGCCACAUGAGGGUCAUCCUUCAUCUCCGUGAGCUGCAAGGUGGUUGUCACCAAGGCAGUCUCCCAGGAGAAGGCUGUUCUGCCAACUGUGCUUGUGUGUCUAGAAUUUGCAGGGUGGUCAGUUGACCUGGAGCAGUGCUCUGGUUGGAUGCAGAGGGAACAGCACGCACCUCACUUCACCUGCCCUUUCUUUUGUGUGUGUGUAUGUGUGUGUGUGACUUUAUUAAUACACAGAAGGGCAGGGGGAACCAACAUGGACAGAAACCAGCAGAAUCUGGCAUCCCUGUGCAUGGGCAACAAUAUACCAAAUGUCUUGUGGGCCAUACGUAGAACCCCAAUGGGCCUCAGUUUACCUACCACUGUGCUAGAUAGCUGUGAGGUUUGCAUCUGAACUUCAUGUCAGGCAGAGUUUGGGCUCCCAGAAUUUGAGGGGGAGGGGAAAUUCAGGCCCCAAAGUCUGGAGUGGGCAGAUCUACGCUCAGUGGGACCGACAGAAACCAGUGGCCAGGGGAUGGGAUGUGGGUGGGGAUUCCUGGCUCCAUGCUCCCAGAAAGGGUGGAACCUCAGGCAGAAGAGGCAGGGCUGAGGGCUGUUAGUCCUUGGUGCCACCUGGAACACAGUGCUUGGCCUCCCUGCAAAGCCGCACAGAGUGCCCAGCAUGGCUCCCUGGUAGCAAUUUAAAGGGGCCCCGGGUCUCCAACCACUGAUGCUGUGGCAGUAGCAACAGAAGGAGGCCAGGAGUUUCAGGACCCCUUCAAACACAGAUAUGUGGAACAACUGCUCUGUUUACACACACACACACACACACACACACACACACACAUUGACUGAUGGGCCUAUUUAUGAUUAUACAUCAGACGUGGGAUCCACAGACAGGCCCGGCCUUUGGGCAAGGUGAGCAGGGCUUGCCUGGGGCCCCCACCUUUAGGGUGCCAUACUGCUCGGUGCCCACCCACCUGGCCAUGCACUCGCUGCCCUGGCUGGGAGCCAGGUGGCCAUGCAGCACAGCCAACCAAAGCAUGCCGCCCUGGGCCCUGCAAACUCUUUGGCCGGCCUGUCCACAGAACAGCAACAGCAGAGAGGAGGGGGCCCGUCGUUAGCUGAGCUGCCACUGAGAACCAUGCAGCGGAAUACCUACUGCUCUAAAUGUUUGUAGCCUUUUCAAAAGCCCUUCAUCUGUGAAAAGGCAGUGAGGAAGCUUUCAGAGCCAACAGGAGAAGAGCAGCGGUUCUCUCAGCCUGCUUGACUCUGAUUCUCCCGUACUCCUCCCAACGCCUGCCCAGGUUUGUGCUCCAGCCUCAGAAAGGAGUCUGCCGUCACUCCUCUAACCUGCCGUUUGUUCUGCAACAUGGGUGUCCAUCAGCAGUGACCAUGUCCUUUAUGUCUAAGGAGAGGGUGGAGAAGUUUAGGGAGACCAGCUGUUUACCUUGCCCAAAGCAGGAACAAAUUUCUCUAGCUGCGCACAAUUUAGGAUGGCUCCGUGCAACCCUAUUCCGACACUCUCCCACACCCACACCAAGAGGGGGCUAUUACAGGAGCCCUGUAGCCUCUGAGUUCUUGCUUAAAAAAAAAGGAGUCAAACCAAAGGAUCUAUGUGUAUUUCAGUAAGGUAUCAUUUUGUAAAGCCGACAUUCCUAGGAGCUGGAUGUGGUCCCGCAGCAAAUUCCAAACCACUGAUUCAUUCCCGGAUCAAUGCUUCACUGCAGUCCAAGCCCCCUACCCUGCCAACAUAAUCUGCGAGUCCGCUUUGGAUGUAGAUGCAAAAGCCAUAUAUUGUACGCAGCCUUUUUAUAUCGUUAGUUACUGGACAGUUGGCUUUUAACUCUUGAUCUUGAUAGAAAUAAGUGCACAGUUCUAUAUAGCUCUAUAUUCCAGGAAAGCAAAGCAAACUACAUUGAGAAGAGGAAAAAAAUUAAGUAAAUAUAUUUUUCUAACAUCUCUGAGGGAACGACAUAGCCAAAUGGAAAAUUACAGCAACACCAAGGCUGUGGGGUUUGCUUUCAUGUUUUUUUCUCUCUUUGCCUUCCUGAUUUUUCUUUUCUUUGGCUGGUUAGUUAUCUAGGUGCAAGCAGAACCCUUAGAAUGCAAGUUGGGUCUCAUCUCUGAAUGUAUUUUGUAAGGAGUAGCUACAGCAUUUUUAACUCUUUCUUUGACCAAUUGUUUGAGAUCAGAUGUCUGUGCACUGCUAAAGAAAGCAACCUGGUUU